AUGCCUGUGAUACUGGACGAUAAAAUUGAUGGUAGAAAUUGUAUAAUCAGAAUAUAUGAUUAUAGAAUGUUUGAAAAAGGAAUGCUGAUGAAUGAUGCACUCAUUGAAUUUUAUUUGUCGUAUAUGCAUAGUAAAGUAAGUGAUGAGGACAAAGAUAAAGCGUAUAUAUUCAGUACACACUUUUAUAGCACUUUAACGAAUCUUGGUAAUAUGUCUGCAAUUGAUCCAUCUGUAUCUAGAGCUAAAAAUAGACAUGAUAAAGUAAAAAAAUGGACCAAAAACUUAGAUGUAUUCAAAAAAGACUUUAUUUUUGUACCAGUAAACAAAUAUAAACAUUGGUUUUUGGAGGUCAUAUGUUUUCCUUACCUAUCAGGUAAGGUUAACAUACAAAAUGGAAUACCAAGUAAUGAACCCGAUAAUGAUACUGGUCGAUAUAAAGUACCAAGAUUACCAAGAAUUCUGGACUCGAUGAAGCUGAUCCGAAUGCCUUGCAUUUUAAUAUUUGAUUCAUACUCCAGAGGUACACAGAGCGCAGUGGUCUCAGCAACGCUACGAGAAUGGUUACAACAUGAAUAUUGUAAUAAAUACAAUGGCCAACAAAAAGACUUAAAAUUUAUGAAAGUAUGUCCAGUCAAAGUACCUCAGCAACCUAAUAACACGGAUUGUGGUCUUUUUGUAAUGCAUUAUUUCGAAAUGUUUUAUUCUCGGCCAAUUAUUGAUUACACUUUUCCAAUCCAUCACUUGGAAAAUUGGUUCCAUACUGAUGAUGUGGUCAAGAAUGAGAAAAAAAGAAAAGAAGUUUACAAUAUUCUAAAGGAAAGAAUAGAAAAAAAUGGAUUACCUGAUGGCAUUGAAUUGCCAGUUCUACAUUUUAAUGACCACAUUGAAGAGUCUGGUGACAUUCGUAAUAUGAAUAAUUUGUUUGAAAAAGUUGACAAACAAGAAGAAAAAGAAGAAAAAGAUGAAUAUGAUGAAGAAGAAGAAGAACAACAACAACAAGAAAAAUACAAUGAUCAAAAGUAUACCUUUGAAUUAGACUUUGGCAAUGAAGAUAAUUGUUCUUCAUCGUCUACUUCUUCUGACAAUGUAGAAGAAGAAGAUUUUGACGAAAAAUUGAGGUAUAACAUUAGAAUUUGGUGA